CUUUCUCUCCCGUCGUCCCUUAUCUAAAAGCCAACUACAUUCCUAAUUCCUUAACUAUCAUCUCGCUCCAUCCAAUCAUAUGGGCAAUGCAGUUUCUCCCUGUUUCCAAAAAAACGCUAACUCAGAUGUGAAAGUAAUAUUUUCAGAAGGCAGCACAAGACUCCUUAAAGGAAAACACAUCGCUGGAGAGAUCAUGUUUGAGUUUCCAGACCAAAUGGUUUGCCACGCAGACUCUUUCUUCAUCGGCCACCCCGUUCCGGCUUUAGCCAUCGACGACGAGCUCAUGCAUGGCCAGACCUAUUUCGUUCUUCCGAUUGAUCGUUUCGCAUGCAGCGUCCUCACAGCCUCGACUCUUGCUGCCCUAGGCUCAUCGUCAAGCCCUAACAAGAAGGCAGCUCCUAUCAAUUUUGGGGAGUGCCCGUUUGAGUACAUAAAGAGUUCGAAUGGAAGGGUCUUGAUCAAGGUGGUACCGGAGUUCAUAACAAGGUUAAUUGCAAGAGGUCACAAGAAAAUAAAUGGGUCGUCUGAUGAUGCUGCUAGUUCUGGUAGUAGUACUUUUCUUUGUAGCACACCUGAGCUGCAAAAACACUAUGAACAGCUUGUUGUGUCUAAAGAGCAAUUAUGGUCGCCUAAGCUUGAAACUAUUUCUGAAUACAAGGUUAGGUUUUCACCAUGUAAAUAUAUAGGAAAGUGGAAACAAAAAGAGCAAGAACUCAUCUAAUUAAUUUCCUUUUUGUUUUUACAAUUACAUUCAUUUUUUUAUCAAGAGAAAGGUUAAUUUGUAAAUUUACUGUUAGCUAAUUAAGGGCAUAAGAAGAAAGAAAGAUUUGAUAAUUGUACCUAUUGUUUUCUUCAUUCUUGUCUAUAUUUAUUUGUGAGUGGUACAAAAUUUAAUUGA